UUUCCCAUCCCCUAAAUUUAAAUUAUCCAAAAGUCAACCCUAAACCAAUUAAUCGGUCCCCGAUUAUCGGAUAUGAUCACCGCCUAAUUUAAUUUCUCAUGGAUACUGAAUCAGUUCAAUCGGGCGGCUUCACUUACAUGGGCCGCAAAUUCAGCGAUCUCGGAAUCACCGACGAUUCCUCCUCCGCCUUCAGCGACUGCAACAGCGAUAGAUCCGGCGAAUUCCCCACCGCCUCUUCCCAGAGCCGCCGCCUCUUCCUUGCCUGCGCCUCCGAUAACUCCGACGAGCUCAUCUCCCAGCUCGUCUCCGACCUCGAUUCCGACAAUAUCGACGAGCAGAAGCAGGCGGCGAUGGAACUACGCCUCCUCGCUAAGAACAAACCGGAUAACCGAAUCAGAAUCGCCAGAGCCGGAGCAAUCAAGCCGCUGGUUUCGAUUGUCUCGUCUAACGACCCUCAGCUCCAGGAGUACGGCGUCACCGCGAUUUUGAAUCUGUCGCUGUGCGACGAGAACAAGGAGGAAAUCGCCUACUCCGGCGCCAUCAAACCCUUGGUCCGCGCCCUCAGAGUCGGCACCUCCACCGCCAGAGAGAACGCCGCCUGCGCCCUCCUCCGUCUCUCCCAAAUCGAGGAGAACAAAACCGUAAUCGGCCGAUCGGGGGCGAUUGCCCCCCUGGUGAGCCUCCUAGAGAGCGGCAAUAUCCGCGGGAAGAAAGACGCGUGCACCGCCCUGUACUCGCUGUGCUCGGUGAGGGAGAAUAAGGUCAAGGCGGUGCAGGCCGGGGUAAUGAAGCCGGUGGUGGAGAUGAUGGCGGAUUUGGGGUCGAACAUGGUCGACAAAUCGGCCUUCGUGUUGAGCUUGUUGGUGUCGCUGCCGGAGGCGAGGGCGGCGCUGGUGGAGGAAGGCGGUAUUCCGGUGCUGGUUGAGAUAGUGGAGGUCGGCACCCACCGGCAGAAGGAGAUUGCGGUGGCGAUUCUGCUGCAGCUGUGUGAGGAUUGCUUGGCCUACCGUACUAUGGUGGCCCGCGAAGGAGCCAUUCCCCCCUUGGUGGCCUUGACUCAAACCGGUACCAGUCGCGCCAAACAAAAGGCGGAAGCACUGAUUGAGCUUCUAAGGCAGCCAAGAUCCGGCAACGCCGCUGCAAAUUAAAGGACAUUUGAUCUGUCCUUUUCUUACACUCUCACAUGCCUCCCCAUACCCUGACAACAAUCCCACAUUCACAAAAAGACAAAAUACAUGCCAGGGGCAAUUAUGGAAUAUCUGAGAAAAGAAUGAGGGGAGGGUCAAAAUUGUAAAUAUAAAGUACUUGUGCUUUCGUUAAAGAGCUUUGUAUAUUCGCCUCCGGUUUUGAUCUUGGGUAACAAAAAAGUAAAAAAAAGAAAAAGAAAAAAAAAGAGAGAAGGAUGACUCAUACACCAAUACAGUAUUUUCCCAUUAUCAGGUUUGGUUUGCUGCUAAAUUAAAUAUAAUUUGUUUUUCCUUUUAAAUAUAGGAACCUUUUUUCUUUCUUCUACUGUAGUGAAAGUAUCAGAUUUAAUAUGUAUUGUGUUUGUUUGGUUUGGUUUUGGUCUCCUAAAUACUUGUCACUUCAAAUUA